CAAAUUAUGUAAGCGUUAUAAAAAAUAAAAAAAAUAUAAGGAGGGGAGUUGACGCUGUAGUUGCAGUGCGUGUUCUCUGAGGGGCUGGGGUGGACACUGAAAGGGAAUUCUCAAAACAAGGAGGGAUGUGUUGGGCACAGCUAGGGGGAAAGGCAUUUCCAUAGCUCCUGAGGCUUCUCGUGAGAAGGCAGAAGGCAAGAACUGCUGAUGCCUGAUAUUUACGUUGCAGUUGAAGCGUGCCUUGCCCGGGAGCUCGUGGUGCAGCCUGCAUUUUUGCCAGGGGGAAUUGUGAGGUAUCAGCACACAGAAAUACGCUCCUGUUUCCCAGAGCUGGUGCCCUCUGCCCCCGAGGCUGUGGCUGUGAUAACGGCAGGGAAGCAGUUACUUCUCCUGAAAGCAUUCCUCCCUUUCGCAUUCCUUUCUCCUUACGGUCGGUCCGCUACAAGUGCAACCAGUGAUUCCAUGGCACCUUCUACUGAAGCGCGUCUCAUACGUUGAGUGGAUUAGCACCGAGUGUGACACAGAGCUGAGCGUGGCAGUCAGCUGCAAAGCAGGGAGAAGCCCUCCAGCUUCGGCUGCCUGAGCUCUGCAGGGAGGGGAGAUGGGCUCAGCUGUGCGGGGCGGGUUGGAGGCUGCUCGUGUGGGAUGGAGUGAUGAGCUCUGGUGCUGGCUGGAGCUCGAAAUGCACGGCAUGGAGGGGCACAGCUUUCCGUUUCAGUUGUUCCCUGAGCCCUUUCAGCUACCUGGCCUGCGGGAGAGCGGUUCGUGCAGUUUUCUUUCAGAAGCAAACAAAAACUAGGCUGGGCUUUAAAUGCUCUUUUAAGCUUCUAUAUCUUGUCUCUUUGCUCUCUGCCUGUUUGUACGUGUAUGCAUAUUCUUUCUAACUUGGAUAUCAAAUUGUUUUCAGUUACCCCAGGCUGCUUCCCUGUGUCUUAUCGACAACAGAUUGAAGAGCUCUGCUGUGGCUGAGGGAUAGCUUGCACAAAGAGCUGAUUUCAUUUUAUCUGCUUCCCUGUGUUCCAGGAUACCAUUCCCUACCUCAUUUCUGUAUUCAUUUAUAGCUCAGUGUAUAUAAACUUUGCUAGAUGAUGAUCUGAGAUGAAAGGGAAUGUUUCAAAAUUAGCUGUUCUCCAGCAGAGCGCGUGAUGGGAAGCAUUAAGUGUUUUGUUACAGUGCGUGUAAAUCCUUUUAUUGGUUGAACGCGGGAGCUCAUACCAAUGAGUUCCCACUAUUAUCCACCAUUCCUGGCCUGUAUUAUCCACCGUUCCUGGCCAGGGCUCUCGAGGCUGUUUCUGAAUCGACUCUUCAGUAGGCAGGGCGGAGGACGGGCUGCUGAAUAGUUGUGGUCUGUGCUGCUCUGCAGGGUUAAUGUUAAUAGUGGAGUGGUGCUUUCUGGAACAAGUCAACAGGUCCAAAGUAACCGUAGUGUUCUCAGACCUGUGUUUGAGGGUGCACAUUCGUGCUGGCUAGCCGUCCUGUUAAGAUGAAAGACAUGUCGUUAACUGAAGUGCAGUUAUUCACUCUUUUUGUACAGCUAUCUGAUUUGUAUGAUUUUAUGCAUUUAGACAAGGUGGGAUGUAGAGAAGCUGCAGAGCAUUUUGGGAGGAGCCAGAUGUGUGAACUGCACAUAAAGAGAAGGUAUUUCCUGUAGAUGAGUUUUAGAACACAAAUUCAGAGAAUGACUUGGCAAAGUAUUUCAACUGAAGGAACGUUGUGUCUUGAUCUCUGUGUGGGGCUUCCCUCUGCCGCUGUCAUUGAGGUAACGUGGGUUCAGGUCACUGCAGUGAAUAUGAGAGUCCUUCUCAGCAUCAGGUGGCUGACAGUUUGAGUUCUGCAGCAGAUUCAGGGACUUCCAGGAUAACCGUGAAGCCUUCAGCAUUUCAUCUGUAAGUCCUUUCUUGUGGUCCAGACCUGUUCCCACCGGGGGCUGCAGUCGCACAUCAGCUGGUGCUGAGCCCCAGAUCAGGGAGCAGUUGUUGCCACGGGAUUCCUGCUGUCAGCUGGUCGGCAGGACAGUGAAAAGCAGGGAGAGUGGCUCAGUAAGGAGCAGCGGUGUUGCAUUAGUGUGGAUCAGUGCUGCUCUCAGAAGCAGGUGGGUUGCGUUUGGGCCAGCUCCUCUUUGGGAGACUGGCUUGCUGUGACUUCCUCUGAAAUGUGAGCUAGUGGUUGAGCAACGCAGGACCGUGGAAUUCUGUUCUAGCAUGUGUGCCUGCAUGGCAGAAAUAACAAAACCUCCUGCGUCACGUUGCGUUUCAGUCAUGCGUCUUGAGCAAUUAAAACCACGAAUUACGAGGGCAUGCAGCCGGAGAACCGCUGCUCCGGGAGCGGGGCUGCCUUGUGCUUUUCAGAGUGCUCUCUGUGUGCAUUUUUGAUGCUUCCUCUUGAUAGUGUGGUUGCUGAUACGCUGCUGCACCAUCAGAUAUUAGGUGGGAGGGUUUUGCUAUGCUAGGAAAUGGUUUGCCUUGCUCCCUGUGUCCUGAGCGGUGGCGUUUUUUCUUCCUUUCCUUCUCAGUUCAGUAUCUAUUUGAAAUGUAGUGUAGAUACAUUAACGCUUUAUCCAGCAGAAUCCCAUAUCAGCUUGAGUUAGCUUGCGUUUUUACAACACAUUUCUGGCAAUUAACUGGAACUUUCAGAAGCUCUUUGUAGGUGGGGUUAACAGGUGAUUAUUCAAUUAGAGCGGAGGUGUUAAGACUUGCUUCUCUGAGUCACGUUAGGCGGAAUCUGAAGUCUGACAAGACGUGUGGGAUAAGGUCAUUUGUCCUGGGUUUGGGUUGGUUUCCUUAAGCCCUUCUACAGAGCAAAGGCAGAAGCUGCAUAUCUGAGGAGUUGGAGGUCAUCUGCUUUCUUCGUUUUCCGGAGCCUUGUGCACAUGAAGGAACAGAUUUUGCAAAGCCUCCAGUAAAUGAACCGCGGGAACCGGAACAAUUCCUAAUGCAGGCACCCCCAGGAAAUCCACUGCUGCUUUCCCACACCCUGCAAGAGCUAUUGAGCAAGGAUAGCGUGCAGGUGGAGCUUAUACCUGAGAAGAAGGGCCUCUUUCUGAAACAUGUGGAAUAUGAGGUUUCCAGCAAGAGAUUCAAAUGCUCGGUCUAUAGGCGGUAUAACGAUUUUGUGGUGUUCCAUGAGAUGCUGCUGCAGAAGUUCCCGUAUCGUAUGGUGCCGGCACUUCCACCAAAGAGGAUGCUGGGAGCUGAUAGAGAAUUCAUAGAAUCAAGGAGGAGAGCUCUGAAGCGCUUUAUAAACCUGGUGGCUCGACAUCCCCCCUUCUCAGAAGAUGUGCUCUUGAAGCUCUUUCUGUCGUUCAGUGGCUCAGAUGUACAGAACAAACUGAGAGAGCUGGUCCAGGGAGUGGGAGAUGAAUUUCUGACCUGCAGAUUAGCUACCCAGGCCAAGGACUUCCUCCCAGCUGACAUACAGGCCCAGUUUGCUGCCAGCAGGGAGCUCAUCAGAAAUAUUUAUAACAGCUUCUACAAGCUCCGGGACCGUGCAGAGAGGAUAGCUUCUCGAGCCAUUGAUAACGCCUCAGAUCUUCUCAUAUUUGGGAAGGAAUUAAGUGCUUUGGGCUCAGACACUACGCCGCUUCCUUCCUGGGCUGCUUUGAAUAACAGCACGUGGGGGACUUUGAAACAGGCCUUGAAGGGGCUCUCUGUUGAAUUUGCACUUCUGGCAGAUAAGGCUGUGCAGCAGGGUAAACAGGAAGAGAAUGAUGUGGUGGAGAAGCUGAACCUUUUCCUGGAUUUACUCCAGUCCUAUAAAGACCUGUGUGAAAGACAUGAGAAGGGGGUACUGCACAAGCACCAGCGAGCGUUGCAUAAGUACAGCAUGAUGAAGAAGCAGAUGAUGAGUGCCACUGUACAGAACAAAGAACCAGAAUCGGUGGAGCAACUGGAAUCUCGAAUUGUGGAGCAAGAAAACGCCAUCCUAACUAUGGAGCUGCGGAAUUACUUCUCUUUGUAUUGCCUGCAUCAGGAGACACAGCUCAUCCACAUCUAUCUGCCUCUCACAUCUCACAUCCUGGGGGCCUUUGUCAAUUCCCAGAUCCAGGGUCACAAAGAAAUGAGUAAAGUUUGGAAUGAAUUGAAGCCGAAAUUGAGCUGCCUCUUCGUGGGAUCUAGCAAUAUGCCAACUCCACCAUUGUCACCUCCAGAUGGAAACUUCUUCUCCAAUUAAUACUCCGAGCACCCAGCGUGAGCAAGAAGUGCAAUCAAGGGAGGGGUCGGACCUCUACCUCCAGAUGUUAGAAUGAAUCUUCCAAACAGCUUUUUUUUUUUCUUUUUAAAUACCGCUGCUUUGAGCUGCUCUCUGAUUUAGACAAGACUGGAUGUGGGGCAGAACAUACAGAUAAAAAGACACUCUUCAUUUUGGAAUGCUCUAGGGCAGAGCUGAUUUUCGUUACCUUGCAGGCAGUCUUUGUGGGGUCAGGAUGUGGCAUGGUGCAGUAGGUGCUGCAGUGUUAUUGCUGAUGCCUCUGCAUUUUGUACUAACUGUCCUCCAAGAAGGCUUACCUGCACACAUGCUGAGAAGCUUCUGAAGUGCUGAGAUGAACAGGAUAUCUGAAGCACUUGCUCAAAGAGGAGAUAUGGAUUUCCUUUUAAGUUUGGGAGGGGCCUGUGUUACAGGCAUAUGAGGAAGAGGAAAGCUGAAAGCCAUCCCACUGAUAGUUGGCUGGAUUUGAUUUCUUACGGCUAGACCUGAAAGCAAAACAUGUAAACGAAGUGGCCAGAUCCACUAAUCUGGUUGGGUGCAGGACAGCGCUGCUGUAGCACAGCAGUUUUCCCAGGGAGGCUCAGCAGAGCGUGUGUCCGUGUUGAUUCAGUUCAUGGUGGCAGGGCAGCCUGGGGACUUGCUUAUCUGAUUCAGUCUGGGGCCAAAGAUGACUGAGUUGGGGAACCUAGAGGAGUUUGCCUGGCAUAAAUGGGAAUGUAAUUGAGUGAGACACUCCUUAACUGUAAACCACUCGUGUUAUCCAAGCCAGACAGCUGCAGCGUAGCCUGGUUAAUUUUUCCUGGAGGCUCUGACAUCCAUCUGCUGAGUUGCUGUGUAGGACUGUGGGAGAGCUGUGACCCCAGGGCUGGUGUUUCCUCUGGUCUAGGAUGCAGUGAAGUAUCCUGUCACACUGGUAGGCUGAGAAACAGUGCUGGUCAAAAGGAUUAGCAAAACUGAGUGUUUAUUGGGAUAUUACUGUAGUUGUCUUCUCCAGCUCUGGAUAGCACCAGAGUGUGUGAAGAGAAGGCAAUGUAAGUGGCAGUUCUUUCUCUCUAAGAAUAGCACAGCUCUCAGUAAUGGGGUUUUCAGGAUGAUAUCUGAUUGUGAUAAAGGACUAAUUAUUCUCCGUGUCUCGCUGUAUCUCCAGCAACUUUCCCUCAUGAGGCAAAUGGCAGGGAGAGAACUUGCACAUCACGUUACCUUAGGGGGAAUUUUAUCCUCUAGAGAAAGUGGUAAGUGAAGAAACUGCAAAUGCAUACAGCAAAACUCGACACAAUCAGGACUCUCCCAGAACCUGUCUUCUGUGGGACCAAGCGAGCUGCCAAAGCGGGGCUUGACACUUGGCUUCUUAGCAUUUUCUUCUCUUGGUAGAAAGGAAGCACAUUAUCAAGGGUGAAUGCUCAGUGUUGAACUGGAACUCUUACAGUAUUUUCCCUUUGGGGAACUUCCUCAGUAGCAGGAACUAGAUUUAAAUCUUUCCAUCACAAAAGGCUUUUUUUGUGUGUGUCUUUUAUUUAGAAAAUUGAACGCAACAUGAGACCUUCCUCGAUCAGGUGGAAAUUAUGAGUUAGAUUCUUCAAGAGCAAGAUAAUAAGCUAUUUGCCCAGUUUCAUACCCCCAUUUUCCCUUAGUAUGUGGGUGAAGUUCAGAGGUGCUGGGUCUUAAGGAGAGGAUAGGGCAUCUUGUUUAACAGCCUUGUUCAGAAUACACUAAUCAAGAGCUUUUUAUAGCAAUGCAAAAGUUAACACUUCUGAGUCUUUCCUCCUAUGUACUAGCCUGGUCCAUUAACUGCAAAUAGCUGUGACAGAUCUCCUUGAAGAUUUCCAAAGUGAUGCAGAACAGAGUCUGUUCACAAACCACAGCAAAAGUGGAUGGGGAGGGAGAUGUUUCUACAGUCUAAUAGCAAAUAAGACAUCACCUCAAGAAUGGCACAAAAGGGGCACAUAGCGUUUGUUUGUUCGGGUUCUUUUCCCCCUCCCCUGCUUGACCUCCCCUUGACUAGGAACAUAGGAAGUGUAGAAAACCUUUAACCGUAUUCUUAAAUGCUCUUCAUUCCUCCCACCUUUAGGAGAUGCGGGCUGGUUACAGACAGUGACUUGUUCUGUCUUAGUACCCAUCCUCCUUUAUUAAGCUUUGUUUGCUGAUGUGGUGAACAGUCAAACUGAGAAAAUGCUGUGUGUUUCGGAGGAAGAUCUGAUUCCUUCUAUGUUUCGUGUCCGACUGGGGCGUGCUCUGGGAGCUAGUACUGUGCAAGUUCUCUGGAAUGAAACAUUGCACUUUUCAGUUGGGGGAAAAAAAAAAAAGGUGUGAUUUCAGAUUUUAAAAAGAAAAGAAAAAGCCCCCCCCCAAAAAAGGUUGCUCUUCUUCGAAGCAAGAAUUCUCUAAUUCAGAUGUACAGACUGCUAUACAUGUGCGCAGACCACACAACCUCUAAAGAAACUGGAAUGAUGUUAUUUGAGAAAACACUCGUUCCUACGUUGUCAGCUGUUGCCUCUUUGAGGGCAGCAGUUUUGAGGUGGGAUUUUCUUGUUUUGCGUUUUUUUUUUCCAUUAUUCACCUAGAAUUCUGAAAACAAAAGCCUGCUAUUCUCAAAGCUGAGACAGCUAACGGCACUUUCAGAGUUCAUUUCAUACUGAACUGCCAAGCUUCUACGUCAUUCCUAACCUUGUGCACGCCGUGUUUGAUACAGCCCUUCAUUUUCAAACCUUCAGUUUGGGAGACUGAGCAGCGUGCCAACAGCAGUGUCAUAUUUACUUCAGUAGCUGAGGGAUUCCUGUUCUGUUUUGGUCCCGUUGAGAGAUGUGUCAGACUUGCAGAGUACAGCUUCCUUGCUCUAGAGGAAUGCAGCAGGGAAUCAACUGAGUUGACUUCGGUUCUCUAUCUACCCUAGUUACAGCGUUCCGGAGACGGAACUAGUUACCUCUAUGCUGUUAUCUACUGCAGCAAACUGUGACUAUCUACAAGGGUAGAACAAAUCUUCCGUUGUUGGUUCCGUUGCUGCAGCUGGGUAGAUUGCAAUAAGCACUGAGCAAACCAUAAGACAAACUGAAGAGCACGCGCUGCCUAUCGAAGUGCCGCUGCUCCCGUGAGAUGCCGCACCAAAGAGUUAACGUGCCUUCUUGAAUGGAAGCGUCCUGUGUAGUGCUUGAGCUUAUGGUGACUCUCCUGUGUUUAAAUUAACAAUGAUAGAAGAGGCCUCCGGUCUUUCUGUCAGUCUCACGUAUCAUGGGGGUACCAGGGUAGUAAACAGUGGGGACCAGGAGAAAUGUCUUAUCAGAAGGGCUAUGUGUUUUUGUCACUCCUAAGGUCUCCUCUGUUCUAAGCUGGCUGGCACCAUACAGGCUUUUUGAGCGAUAUUGUGUUGAAAAGUUUUCCAAAGGACUGGAUUUACAAGACAGCCUUGAUCUUUGCUUCUUUCGCUCUUUCCAUCUUCUUUGAAAGCUGCUCUUUGUAACGUGUUUUCAACAGUGCCUUGCUGCAUUCCAGCGCUUUUACCCUUCGACUCUGGUCACGCAGGGGUGUUAUUCCUGGCAUUUUUAACAGACUCAUUCAUGGUCUUCACUUUCUGCUGCUCUUGAAAGACAAACUACUGGUUGGGGAUGUAAGCAGUCUCCACACCUGCAGCACAAGCAGUAAUCACUACUCUUUGUCAUGAGCUAAAACUCAGUGCUGGUGAGAGCAUCUUCAAAAAAGGAUUGAACUGGCUGCAGAAUAGGGGAUAGCAAAUGCAAGCGCAGGCUUGAGCUGUGCUGCUUCUCUCCUUAUCUGCAGUCCCAGAGCAAGAGAAAGUGAUUUGUUCAAUCUUGAUAUACAAUUUCUACCAGGAAAUAAAUUGGGAUAAUGUAAGAGGUAUCAGCUGCCAGUCACUCCCUCUCCCACCAUGCAGUGAGGUUUUACAUCCCAUUACUUACAACCUAACCUCCUUGUACUUACUGUCUCUCCCUUCCUUGCCUCAAGCCAUUCUCUGAACUAGAACAGCCAGAAACUCAUACUGCUAUGUCAGAAACACAGGUGAGUAUCAAAAGCUUUGUAAAUAAGUCACUGUGCAGCGCAAAAGGAAAAAAUAAGAGUAUAAGAUAGUUAACUCUUGAAGGACCUUUAAGUCUGAGCUGUGGCUUAUGGAGCAAAUGAAGCAGGACAUUUUUUGUGUGGUGUGAGUUAUUCAGAAUUGCUGGGAGGAGGUGAGAAGAAACAAUCUUGUUCAGAGGUAUGAAUUUUGCCUGCCUGGCAUAUCCUGUAUCUUCGCUUUGCUCAAAUAGCCUUAUGUAUGAAGCACUUUAUCCAAAUGCAGGAAUUAAAGACCUAUUACUACAGCUGGUAGACUGGAAAUGUUUACAGAUCCUAUAUGACAUUCCAAGAUUCUGUUACAUAUUUGUAAAAAUGUUUAAAGAAAAGAAAACAAAAGACCUUGUAUAAAGUUCCAUAUGUGAGAUUUCCA